AAUAAGACAUUCAUACAUCACCGAGACCGUUGAGGAACGUAGGGCAAUGUGCCAACUACAAGAUCAGGAAUAUAGUGCUUCAUUGUUGGCAGACAGAGAAAAGGAGAUGAGACGCCAACAACUUCAGGCUCAGGAGGAAAGACGCCUAAAGGCAAUUCAUGAACGACGACAGAGGAUGGCUUCUGUCCCAGAGCCUUCAGAUGGUGUCCCUCUAAGGUUUAAAUUUCCGAAUGGACAGAUGAAAAGCAGAAAAUUUAGGAUGUCAGAAUCAGUUCAGGUUUGAGGAUGGGUUACAAACCCUGGGUCCGCUUGGGGAAAUCAAGAGUCAACCUCAUGUUUUUGAAGACCUUUUAACUAACCUUGAAAA